CACGCGCGUAGUGAAUUAAAUACAAGUCUAUAAACUUUAUAUAUGUGUGAGUGAAUUUCUCUACAAAUCAUAUCAGUUCACGUUAUGAGGAAUCAACUAGUAUCACAAAUAAUAAAACACACGAUAGUAAGUCGUGCACAUUUAACUCCAGAGAUGGCGCUACGUCUGCUCACUCCACAAUGCUCACUUUGGUCCGCACCACCUGAAGAAAACCCCUUCAAAGAUCCGUAUUGGGCAUUUUACUGGCCCGGAGGACAAGCAAGUGCCAGAUAUAUUUUGGAUAAUAAACAUUUAGUAAAAGGGCGCGUGGUUGUGGAUGUGGGCUGCGGCUGCGGCGCUAGCGCCAUUGCGGCGGCAAUGGGAAACGCGCGCAGAGCUGUUGCUAACGACAUAGAUCCAGUUGCGAUCGUAGCUUCACAACUGAACGCUCAAUUAAACGGAGUUGCCAUAGAUACCAGUUCUGAGGACCUGGUGGGUACUGACUGCUCCUGUGACCUGGUGGUGGUAGGAGACAUGUUGUACGACGAGGAAUUCGCUGACAGACUGUUCUCUUGGCUAACGAGCUUGGCACGGGACGGGAAGUUGGUUUUAAUAGGUGACCCAGGACGUCACGGACUGACAGGGGAGAGACGGUCUCAGCUGAGUCUGAUGCGGUCAUAUCCUCUCCCGAAAAACAUAUGUGAAGAGAAUCACGGAUAUACUGACGCUAAUGUGUGGAGAUUAAAAGCUGAUUGA